AUUUGACUAUGGACCAGUCAAACUGGUUCUUGACGUCACUGCGGCUCUAGAGUCUGAUUAAAGAGAGAAAGAACAGAUCGACUCACACAGCAGUAGUGAAGAACAUUAAGGAUCAGCUUCUUCUCUCCUGAAGACUCUCCUGCAGAUCCAGACUGAGAGGAAGAGGAGCUGAGAUGAGUUCAGCAGAGGAGGAGAAGAAGAGGAAGAGCCCUCCGAAGGUCCUUCUGGAGAUUUUGUAUUCUCUUGGUAACGAGAAUUUUAAAAACUUCAUAUGGCAUGUGACAAAUGGGGGUUUCCUGGAAAGAUUCCCAACAAUCCCACCCUUUAAACUGGAAGACAAAAGAAGAGAGGAGACAGUGACUGUGAUGUUCCAAAGCUACAGUGUUCACACCCUGAAAGUCACUAAAAUAGUUCUGCAGGAGAUGUCUGAGUACAACCUGGUGGAUAAAUACCUCACAGACCUGCCCGAAAUUCCAGAGAUCAUCAAUAAUUGUCAACAUAUGUUCAAGCCCAAGACACAAAAGGCCUUGCACUGUGUGACGGAUGGAACAGAAGACAAUGAAAGCCCUCUGACGGAGAUCUUCACUGACAUGUACAUUACAAAGAGAAAAAGUGAAGAGUUGAAUGGAAGCCAAAAAGUCAGAGAAAUAAACAUAGAAUUGGAAAAGAUGCUCGAACUCUCACCUGGAGAAACAGAACCAAUCAGAUUAGUGAUGACAGUGGGAGGGGCCGGUAUUGGGAAAACCAUUUUAACACAGAAGUUCACUCUGGACUGGGCUGAAGGCAAAAACAACCAAGACAUCCACUUCAUAUUUCAAGUACCAUUCAGAAAAAUGACAAUUCUGAAAGAUAAAAGCUAUGGCUUUGUGGAGCUUGUUCAUCAAUUUUUCCCUGAAAUCAAGGAAGAAGGAAUCUACAGUUUUGAAGACUUCAAGGUUCUGUUCAUCCUUGAUGGUCUGGAUGAAUGCCAAUUUCCUUUCAACUUUGAAAAUCCUGAAACCCUGAGUGACAUCACAGUGCCUGCUUCCAUAGAUGUGCUGCUGACAAACCUCAUCAUGGGGAAUCUGGUUCCUUCAGCUCAACUCUGGAUCACCACACGACCUGCAGCAGCCAAUCAGAUCCCUUCAAGGUUCAUCAGCCGUAAGACUGAAGUGAGAGGAUUCAAUGACCAACAGAAGGAGGAGUACUUCAAAAAGAGAUUCAAAGAUGAAGAGCAGGCCAACAUGAUCAUCUCCCACAUCAAGACGUCUCGCAGCCUCUUCAUCAUGUGCCACAUUCCAGUCUUCUGCUGGAUCACCGCUAAAGUUUUGGAGACGGUCAUGAUAAAGGAAAAAAACACAGAUCUGCCAAAGAACCUGACAGAACUGUACCUGCGCUUCCUGAGGCUAAACAUAGAAAAGAAAAGUUAUUUGAUGAAUGAUGGAGGAGCUACAACAGACCAUCUAAGUUUGGAGAAGAUGAUUGAGUCUCUGGGAAAAUUAGCCUUUGAGCAGCUUCAAAAAAAUGAAACAAUCUUCAAACACAGAGACAUUGAAGAGUGUGGCAUUAAUAUCAAAGACACGUCAUUGUACUUGGGAGUGUUCAAUCAGAUUUUCAAAAAAGAUAAAUGUGAGAUGUUUAUGAUCAAGGAGUACAGUUUCAUGCAUCUGACCUUCCAGGAGUUUUUAGCAGCUCUUUAUGCCCAUCUGACCUUUGCCAACUCUGGAGUCAAUCUGCUGGAAGAAGAGCAAACAUGGUUUUCUAGGCUCUGGGGAAGAAGAAAAACGUUCCACCAGAGUGCUGUAGAAAAAGCCUUAAAGAGUCCAAAUGGACAUCUGGACAUGUUCCUCCGCUUCCUCCUGGGUCUUUCUCUGGAGACCAAUCAGAAUCAAUUACAAGACCUGCUGACAAAAGCAGGAAGGAUAUCAGAGAACCAACAGGAAACAGUCCAGUACAUCAAGAAGAAGAUCAAUGAGAACCUGCCUACAGAGCAAAGCAUCAACCUGUUCCACUGUCUGAAUGAGCUGAAUGAUCAUUAUCUAAUGAAAGAGAUCCAACUAUCUCUUACUUCAAGACGUCUUGCUACAGACGAUCUGUCCCCUGCUCAGUGGUCAGCUCUGGUCUUCAUCCUAUUGUCAUCAGAAGAAGAUCUGGUAGAGUUUGACCUGCAGGAAUACUGUCGUUCAGAGGAAGCUCUGCUGAGGCUGCUGCCAGUUAUCAAAGCCUCUAAAAAAGCUUUGUUAAGGUACUGUAAACUCUCCAAGAGGAGCUGUGAAGCACUGUCCUCCAUCCUUAGCUCUCCAGCAUGUCAUCUGAAGCUUUUGGACCUGAGUGGGAAUGACCUGCAGGAUUCAGGAGUGAAGCUGUUGUCUGAGGGGCUGCAGAGUCCAGACUGUAAACUGGAGUCUCUUAAUUUGGAGUACUGCAGACUGACAGAGAUGAGUGUAAAUCAUCUGACUUCAGCUCUGAAGUCCAACCCAUCCCAUCUGACAGAACUGAACCUGAACAACAACAACCUGCUGGAUUCAGGAGUGAAGAAUCUGUGUGCUUUUCUGAAGGGUUCAGAGUGCAGACUGAAGACUCUGAGGUAUUUGUGGUGAGCAGAGAGGAGGAUGAGUGCUGUGAUUGGACCGUGUUUCUGGAGAGAGAAAGGAGACCUUCAUCCACGUCUUCAUCAUCUGAGAGCUUCAGAGAAACAGGAGCUUCACUUCCUGCAUCCCUGAUCCAAGAAACAUCCUAAUAAUCCAGAGAAUCUUUAAGAAGUUUCCAGGAAGAUCUUUAAGUUUGUUUCUGUUUGAUGGAUUUCCUGAAGCUUUGGCUUCAAUAAUUGGAUGUCAGAAAAUGUCAAAUCUUUCUGCUCAGAAAUGUUAGAUCUUUACUUUAAUUACAUCCAAUAGAACUGAAAUGUUUUGAUCCUUUUAGUUUCUCUUCUGGGUUCUGUUACAUCAGAUUAUUCUCCUCCUAGCUUCAUUUUUAGAUAGAUCAUUUCCGUUUCAGUGCUGAUAAUUUACUGAUCUUUACUAUUAUUUCUUUUUCCAAGUCUUAGGAGGAGCAGAGAAGGUUCUGACUCACUUUUUCAACACGAAGAGCUAAAAAAAUGCUGUUUUGGCUCAGUUAAAUAUUCUGAAAGAAUUGAAAGAUUUUUAUCCUCCCAAACAUUUUUAUUCAAUAAUAGGAAAAACAUGCAAUACAACCUUGGGUUACAAACUCAAACAUGAAGAAAAAAAAUAAAAUGGGACAGAAAAGAAAAAAGUAAUAUUGUCUGCCCCAAUCAACAAAUAAAUCAUUCAAAUAAAUCAUAAAUUCAAUCAUUCAAUCAUUAAAACACAAACAAUUCCACCCAUUUAGGAUACAAUAGGAGAAGAUUGGGGAAAAAAUGACAAUUCCAAACAUCAACCAGUUUGAAAUGAACACCAUACCUCAGGUAUGAAUAGUUUUUAUUGAUACUAGAUAUAUUUGUAGUCAUUGAUUUGACCAUUUUCAAUGCAGUUUUUAAAACCUGAUAUUUUUGUGGCAUUUUUAAUUUCUUUGCUCAAUUUAUUCCAUUUAUGUACUCCGUAUACUGAUAUACAUUGCUCCUUUAAAAGUAUUGUGUUUUGGUUUGAUAAAUAUUUAAUUCCAUUUUAGAUUAAAUUCACUUUUUAUUUGUUUGUAUAUUUUCAUGUAUUAGGAGGAAGGCAUUUCAUAUUUAUACAUAAAUUUAAAAAUGUAUUUAUUCAUUAAUUUUGGUGUUUUAACACACUCUGAAAAACAUUUCAGGGAACAUUUACAGUGAUUUUUACUUUGUAAGGUCAAUUGGGAGAUGCUAAAGCUUUCUCUACCUCUUCAAUUUUUGUUGAAACAGACCCAAACGAUAUCAUGGAAUAAGCAUGUAUAGGAUCACAUUUGUAAAGACAUUUUUUUUUAUCAACAACCUGUCAUUUAACAGACUGUUAGAUGACAGGUUGUCGAUCUAAAAAAAACUUUUUAACAUUACAGAAUCCUUAUUAAGAGUAAUGUUUAGCAUUUAAUGACUAAAAUGUCAAAUUAUAUAUUAAUUACUUAGCAAUAAUAAAUCUGAAACUGUGUUUGUUAAUUAAGUAAUGUGUUGAUUUAGCUUAGGAUGAUUUAAAACUAUAUUUAAAUGGCAUGAUGUCAUCAGCCAGACUGUCUGUUUGGCAUCAAGUUGUUGGAAACUAUGUUGAUUUCACAUUAUUUUAUUAAUGUAUAAGUGUGUUUAUUUGACAGUUAUCAAAAAGUAUAUUUCUUCAGGCUUGUGUUUUUAAAUUUAUUUUUAUUUUGCAUCAAGUUUUUUAAAAGCAUUUUGACUUAGCAUCAAGUAACCACCGAGCAUAAUAGCUUUUAUCACAGAGUAUGUUUCGUUUGCUUAGGUUAUCAGGGAGUUUCUUUACCUAGCAGCAACUUAUUAUAGAAAUGUUUAAAUAGCAUAAAUAAAACAAAUGUAAUAAACUGUUAUUAUGGUAUUAUUUAUUUUUCCAGCCUACAACGGAGUAUUAGGGCCACCAAAAAAAGUAAUAUUACGAGUUUUUUCCUGUAAAAUUAUGGCUUUAUAUCUCGUAAAUCUAUUAGUUUUAAUCUUGAAAAUUUACGAGUUUUUUCUUGUAAAUUUAUUAAAGUUGAACGGAGUCUACAGUCCAGCGAAUGAACACCAUUAGCUGAAGCACACUGACUAAAGUGUGAAAAGGGUCUUGGAUUUCAUCAGGUAAACUGAAUGUUUAAAAUGUUUCAGAUGUUUGAAAGUUUCUUUUCUAUUUACAGUUUAUUCGUGUUUUAAUCAUUGAUGGUGGCUUGCAGGAUCUCUGCAGAUCCCAUUGAUGAAGCCAUCCAUAUCCUCACAGCUGUUCACUUCCAGUCAUUUCUUCCUCUGCGACAGACCAGAUAUCCUCCAACUCUGUGGUGCUUCCGUCUGAAGAGGCUUUUUCAGAAUUUUCACUGUUCUUGUGCUAGCGUAACAGACUAUUGUCAUUCCUCGUGGUUGUUUUGUGUUGAAUUGGAACGUUUCGUUUAGAGAAAGGGCAUAUGGAACACUGUUUUCGUUCUACUUUGGUUUCUGUGCAUAACAGACAUGACAUAAGGUGGCGAAAGGGCUUCUGGGUAUGUGAAUGAAAAGGCAAAAUAAAGUGACGGUCCUGUGAACAUAUGUCUUUAUUAUAUCUUUAUUUUACGUAUGAAACUCCACACUACCGAGACCAAACCCGGAAAUAAUUUGAUUUUUAACUGCAAAAAGGUUCAGAAUUUCUUUGUUUUUAACACCGAUCUGGAAAUAAAUCUUCACAAGAUACUCAGAUAGAUACAAGAUACUCUUUCUUUUCCAAGCACAGCUGUGAUAAAUAGACAUCUUUGGUUCUUUCAUAAUUAAUUCAAGAUUUUUAAUCUUGUAAAUUUACAAGUUUUUUUUCUCGUUAAUUUACGACUUUAAAUCUCAUAGAUUUAUUAGAUUAAAAGUCAUAAAUUUAACCUAUGACUUUUAAAAUCAUAAAUAUGCGAGUUUAUUCUCGUAAAUGUAUAAGAUUUAAAGUUGUAAUUUUAAAAAUAAAAUUUUCUUUAUUAGGUGGCCCUAAUACUCUGUCGUACAAUCCUGAUUGAGUUUUGUCACAAAUAUUCUGAGCACAUAGGACAAACUCUGUCCUUUUCCAAUGAUUUUUUUUUUAUUAUUUUUAAUUUAACGUAUUUUAAAUAAAAUACGAAAUUCGUGUUUUUCUAUUGCUCUAAAGAACGUGAUGUGGCCUUCCAAUGAGACUUACAAAAAAAAAAAAAAAAA